UGGCACAUUCCUCCUGGGACAUUCUCUAUACUAGUAGUCGGUGUCUUAAGUGAAGCUGAUUUUGAAUUGUGUUAAUAGUACCCAGGAAGUUGCGAUUGGAGGAGGGUAUGUCCAACAGUUGCUGUGAACACAACUAAUACUAGAAAGACCUGUGAAGCGUUCAUAUACAUAUAUGCAGCAGAAUUUUGUAAAAACGAUUACCUUGCCUCCACAGCAGUCCAGAAUAUGUAUAAACUCCUGUCUUGAACCUACAGAAUCGUGUUUGCUCGAUCUCAGAAUCAGUUGUUAGUAGUUUUGUUUGCAGCAGUGCAGUCACAAUAUUUUGUUGUGGUUAAUGUGUGCGUGUCCUUCUUUGCAGCAACAUGGUCCAAUAAUCUCGAUUCAGCAGCAUCUGUGUUCCCGCCAUCCACAUUGACUCCAACACUAGAUUUGGACAUCUGGGGAGAAAUUUAUCAAGAUGUGAGCAGUUGGUGUCCCAAACCGCUACUGGAUACAUCUUCCACCAUGGUGGGCGACAGAAAAGGUUCCAGUUGUAUUGUACAAGACGAUGAACUGAACACACCAGAAAGAGGUGUGGAGCCUGAAUUUGACUUUACUUCACUCCUUGGUGUGAUGGACACAUCAUCACCAUGGAGAGGAAUAUGUGAACUACAAGGAAAGAGGAACUGCUAUGCUUACAGAGAUUUUGGCGAGCAGCUUGCCAAGCAUGAAUUCCGAGCCCAGUGUGCUUAUGAAUGUGACCAAUGAAGUGACCGCUGGAGAUGUUCAUGUGCUCUUACCACAAUCGGCAGUAAAGGAGGGGAAUGUUGCAAAGAGGGACCUGAAGCUUGAUCUUGCAACACCAUUGGGCACUGACAAAAUCAACAACACACCUGUGAUCUUGCAAUCUUUAUUGAAGCAAGAUGAACCAUUUGACUUGGUUUCCUACAUUCUUGAUGGCCUGGUGCCAGGUACCACACUGCCUACCGGUGUGGAGUUUGUGGCAAAAGAAACCCGUGGACAUCCAGAAAAAUGGGAAUAUCCAUCACCAUCUAAGGAAAGUAUUAGUUCAUGCAGCAGGUCACAGCAGAGAAAAAAUUGUCAACUUCUGUAGCUGGUGAGUCAUGGACUCCUGCGAAAAGGUCAAGAAUGCCUUCUGUUAAUCAUAUGAGUGACCGAUACCGAGAGCGAAGAGAGAGAAAUAAUAAGGCAUCACGAAAAUGCCGAGAAAAUAGGAAAGUUUGUGAUCGAGAGAUGGAGGAAUUGGCUGCAAAACUUGAGGGAGAAAAUGAAAGUUUGAAAAUAAGGAUGGAUGAAUUGGAAGAGCUUGUAAAGAAGCUCAGAGAAGCACUGUUCGAGGCUGUGGUUAAAAUUGGGCAAGAAGCAUCACCAAAGAUGGGCAUUGAUUCACCAAGAGAUGAGCAGCAGAACAAGCGCUUUUACUGUGGGAGUGAAGUAUCUACAUACUCUCCCCCUGGCGCAGCACAUGAUGGCUGGGCUUUGGAUGACUCAGUGGCCAGACUGAGUAGAUCUCAGCCAGAACUAAGGUUAGAGCAGCCCUGUGUACCAGUUGAGAGUGUUGCUGCAGCUAUGCAGGAAGAAGAGGGGACAUUGUCAUUUUCACAGCCAGCGCACCUGAAUGAUAUGGUGCUGAAUUCAUGCUACUCAGCCAUGUACACAGACUUCCAGUCAGAGAGCUCUGAAUCUAAUAAUUUUUUUUUUAAAUGAGUUGAAGUCGUCGUGUGUUUUUCACAGAGUACUUUCCAAAUCCUGGUGCGAUGCAUGACACGCUUUUGUGUAUGUACAGGCUAUAAGGAAACAAUUGAAAAACUAUGCGAAUUACUUGAUAACUUGAGUUAUACCUGGAGAAUUGCAGCCAAAGAUGCACGUAAUCAUGAAUUUGCACUGAUUGCUUGGGCAUGCCUGGUGUGCAUACAGUUCUCUCCUGCGUCUUAAUGGUCUUCUGUUUCUGGGUCAUACUAAAACACCCGACACUUAACCAUUGUCGCUGCCACUUGAAGUUAUUUAAAGCACAAAGAAACCUGUGGACUUUUCCAUCCCUGUGUGCAACCAUCUUGCUUGAAAACAGAGCAUGUCUCUUUUCUCAUAUUUUGCUGUGUACUGGGAUUUUUGGGUGUCAUUUUGGCAGUUUGAUUUGCAUGUUCAUUCAGAACUUUGGUCAGAAUGAAUUUUACAGAUCCUAUAUUUUUCUUCACUUUUGAGCCCUUUCAAACCAUGAGUUGUCAGUCUUCACGUUUUCUGUGUUUGAUAUCAGUCCUGAGCUGUAAUUUAUAUAUAUAUAUAUGUAUGUAUAUAUCUUUUUCAUCUGUAAUGUCUUCCCUUCUCUCUCGAAGUUAAUUAAUGCACAAAGAAACCUGUGGACUUUUCCAUCCCUGUGACAUACUAUAACAUUCUAUAAAUGUUAAUGUCAUUGUAUUCAUUUUUUUCAGUUAACAGUUACAUCCACAGAUAAACGUCACAUGAAGCUUCACACAUUGGCCGAUUUUCGACCCUCGAAAGGGUGUGGCUUACUCAGACCUUCCUGCGCAUCAAGGGAACUUUGUAGAAUAUAACUUUGAAGAGGACAGUAACCUGGCCAAAUCCUCCUAAAUUGGAUUCAUACACCAUAUCUUUUUAUCUCAUGUAAUAUAAAAAUGAACGUUAUUGUUAGAGAUUAUACAGAGUGUUCAUUCAAGGAGGAUACUUCACAACACCGUUGACCAGGCCCAAUAUUCCUCACAGAUUGCUGCUGUAACUGUAAGGGUGCACACUUAUCAGCGCUAAUGACUCAUUCUGCUAUCAGCAGUUACAGUAGCAAUCUUUGAGUAAUGUUGGGCCAGAUCAGAGGUGUUGCAAUGGUAUGUCCUUAACUGAACACACUGUAUAACGUUAAUAUAUCUAAUUGUUAUUUAUUAUAUGAAACUAAAUUGAUUGUUAGAGCAGUAUAACAUUAAUAUAUCACAUUGUUAUUUAAUAGAUGGAUGAAACUAAAUUCAUUAUAACAUUAAUAUAUAUCGAAUUGUUAUUGAAUAGAUGUAAGUAAUUUUUUGUAAUAAAUGAAAUUUUAUUUAUUGUAUUUUCUUGUUUUUCUUAUACAUGGAUUUUUUGUGAUGUUGAAACCUAUCUUCCUAAAGUAUUCAUUCUUCAAGGUGGCUCAACAAAGUUAUAAAAUUUAA